GCACGGUGAGCGCUGGCAUCCCGGGCUGGCGGUGGUGGUGGUUGCGGCGGCGGCGGCGGCGGCGGCGGCGGCGAGUGUCUGGCGGCCGUCUGGUUAGUAAGGCCGCGGCCGUCGUCCUCCUCGCACGCUGCUUGCUAUGGACGCGGCUCCACAGACUCAUGAGUAGCACUGGCUGUAGGCUGUGGGUGGUGGCGGCUCGGCUCGCCCUACUGCUGCUGCUGCUGCUCGCCCGGCCAUCGCAUGCCCGCCCGGAGCCUCCCGAGACCCACCACUGCCCUAACUGUGUCCACCCGCGCUCCGUGCCCGACGCUCGUGCCCUAGAGACCCUGCGCAUAGAGGGCAUCAAACAGCAGAUACUGAGCAAACUGGGCCUCCGCGCCAAGCCCAACGUGACCUCCGGCAUCCCGCGUGAGGUACUGCUGCAGACCCUCUACCGCUCAGAGGAGAACCGCGAGCUGCUGGCGAAACAGCAGGAGGAGAUCCGCUCAGCAGGCGAGGAGCUGCUGGAGGAUGAUUACUACGCCAAGACGUCUGAGAUCAUCAGCUUCGCUGUCCCAGGGCCACAAGUGAACAACUACACCCUGCUGGAGUUCACCCAGAGCGAGGCAGACGUGACCUCCCUGCGCGUGACGGAGGCCUUGCUGUGGGUGUUCCUGCGCAGGCCGCCCGGCGCCCGUCACCACGACCCCGCCCGCUCCAAGACCAUGCUGUGGGUGUUCCGCGUGCCGCCCGGCGAUGUGCGCAAGGGGCCGUCGGCGCAGUUGGUGACGUCGCUGCACCUGUCGGCGUCGCACGUGGGGUGGCACCGCCUGGACGUAACCUCCGCGGUGCAGCGGUGGUUCGCGCGGCCUGGGGAGCGGCUGCGCCUGCUGGUGGAUUGCAGCAGCUGUAGCGGCGAGCUGGAGGCCGCCCUCUUCACCGCCCGCAAGCUUAAGGGCGCCCACAAGCCGGGCUCGCGCCGGUCUGAGGCCUCGCACCGGCCCUUCCUGGUGGUGCACACAGCGCCCACGCCCUCCCGCCGCCUCUCGCGCCGCGCCCUCCAGUGUGAUAAAGACACCAAAAUGUGUUGCAAGCAAAACCUGUUUAUCUCCUUCCGAGAACUGGGGUGGGACGACUGGAUCAUUGCGCCCACCGGCUACAACGCAAACUACUGCAAGGGGUCGUGCGCCAGCGUGUUCCGCACGCUGGACACCUUCCCGCACUUCCACUCGCAGGUGAUGGAGGAGGUGCGGCGGCACCGGCCGGCGGGCAGCCUGGAGCAGUGCUGCGCGCCCACCAAGCUGUCGCCCAUGUCGCUCAUCUACCAGGACGAGUUCUCCAACAUCAUCAAGCGGAACGUGCCGCGCAUGGUGGUGGAGGAGUGCGGCUGUGCGUAAGGG